AUGUUCAUUCCCAGGCCUGUAAAAAAUCACGGGGAACCAAAGCAAGUUGCAAAGAUAAGGGUCUGCUGGAAAAGAUCUUCGUGGCGUUGCUCCUGGCAUGUAAAUACCUUUCCUCCUGCUUGCAGAGUGUUCUGGAGAGCAAGGAAAUGGAAAACGAGGAAAAUAGGACUGGAUUCCGAAGAGGACGUCCCAGUUUUAUGGAAAAGAAAGCACUUUAGGAAGAAGACGAAGGAGGGACAAAGAGACUCUGGAGGCUCUCAAGGGCAGCAGAUCUGUAGCCAAGGCAUCACAUUUCCCUGCUCCCUGUGCAAGCAGGAAGUUGACCUGCCUGGGAUUUUCCUGCACAGAAAGCAGCACCUAGCUCUGCACACACUGGGCCUCAAGUGGGCGAGUGGAACUAAAGGCGCGCGCUCCGUGAUUGCGGCCCAGAGACAGUCGAUAAUUAGUAAGCUGUUGUCAUCUUUGACAUUUACUGAAAAAGUCCUACAGAACACGAAUAACGCUUUCGAACUACUUUGGAAGAAACAAAUGCCAGCAUACUAUAAGAUUACUGACAACGUUCAGUGCAGCUCCACCCAUUCGCCCCCAAUCUGCCACGUGUUAGUUAAAGCGGUGGCCGUUUGUGACGACAGGAACUCUACGUGGAAGCUGGAUAUGAACGACCGGUUCACCGUAGUGAGUGACUUCGGCAAUAAGCCCAACGUGUGCUUCUUCGGUUUGUUCGACGGGCACCACGGCGCCUCGGCAGCGGACUUCGCGUCCGCGGAACUCCCAGUGCUGCUUCUCCACCAGCUUUCCAGGUUUGACCCUUCCUACCAGAUGACCCCCGAGGAGCAGACGUUAAUCAGUUCCUUCUCCACGGUGUUUAGAGAAGAAUACACAGCUGCAGAAAACCUGUUCUCGUUAAAGAAACAAACGCAAGAGCCGGGGCACGAGCGUGAGAACCUGCACAAAGCCUUUGCCAAUGCGUUUUGGAGAAUGGAUAGGCUUUUACGUCUGGGAAGGAAUGAGGUGUCCAGGGUUCGAUGGAGUGGCUGUUCUGCAGUUACCUGUCUACUGGAAGGCAAAAUUAAGAGGCCCCCUGCCAAGAGGAAUCAGAGAAUUGAUGAUAAUGCUGGUUGGGAAGAGAGGUUCCCUUCCCAGAGGAUGCCACAGAUACUUUCUGGAGAACUGCAUAUUGCAAACACUGGUAAUGUGCAAGCAGUCUUAUGCAGAAAUGGGAAAGGCUUUUACUUAACCAAAGACCACACUGUGAGAAACGUACAUGAAAGAAGAAGAGUACUUCAGAAUGGAGCAGUAAUUAGUUCACAUGAACCACAUGGGCUCCUAGAAGGGCAUAUAAGAACCACAAGAGGACUUGGAUUUCAUGGAAAUCCCAAACUGAAACAAUUCAUUAUUCCAGCACCUCAAACUAUUUCUGUCUCUAUAGAUGACUUAUGUCAAUUCCUUAUCUUAGCUACUAAUGGACUCUGGGAAGUUCUGGAUAAAAAGGAAGUCACUGCAUUGACAAUAACAAUGUUUCAAGUGUAUAAAGACAUAUACUGUUCUACCAUCUGCAAAAUAUUCUCAUCAUCCAAAGAUCUGCUUUUCCCAUUCAAUGAUUCAAAAAGUACUAUCCACACAUUGUUUCAGCGUGGAUCUGAAGAAUGGGAGCCAACUACAAAUUCAAAAGAAAAUUUGUCUGAUUCAAAAUAUUCUAAAUCUUUCACUCGUGACCCUAAAACAUUUCUACCAGGAAUGACUAACUGUGAUUCUUGCAGUAAGAAAAAAACUGACAGACCAACCCAUGUAGAUGGUGUGCCAAAAGAUUCAAGUGAAAAAGAAAAAAUAUGCACCAAGGGUUUCUAUGAAGCUGCAGCUGAGUAUAUCAGCCAUGAACUUGUAAAUGCUGCUUUAGUGGCUGGCUCCAGAGACAACAUUACAGUUAUGGUAAUACUUCUCAAUGGAAGUAAGUAUCAGUUUCUGAGAUAA